AUGGCUCAAUACUACCCUCAACAGCAACAGCCGGGCUAUGCCCCUCAAGGCGCCGCACAAAACCUCCAGUUCUUCCCCUCGUCCUAUUCCUCGGUAUCCGGCCACACGACCCCCUCACAGGCUUCAUACGGCGCUGGAUUCGGUGGCGCUUCUAAUCCCUCUGCACAGGCCUAUCCGGGAGGUGGAUAUGGAGGCUUUGGGUCUCCGGCUGCUGGUGUGAGCGGCAGGAUGGGCGAGCAGAGUGGCUUGCGGACAGGCUGGCUAGCCGCGUUUGGAGCCGAAGGAUAUGAAGGAGAACCGUCUUUACAGGAAGAAUUGGGAAUAAAUCUUGGUCACAUCAAAACCAAGACUCUGACUGUGCUAAACCCAUUCGCAUCCAUCGAUAACCAUUUAAUGGACGACAGUGACCUUUACGGUGCCCUGCUUUACGUCUUCCUAUACGGCCUUUUCCUCCUCCUGUCCGGCAAGGUGUUCUAUGGCUACAUUUAUGGUGUUGCAGUCUUUGGCACCGUCUCCUUACACCUCAUCCUGAGUCUCAUGUCGCCCGUUCUCGACGGAGCUCCAACUCCGAACGCCGCCGACCCCACCAACUACAACCCACACCACAAGCCCUCUAUGUCUGGCGUUUCCACUGCUGGCCAUUUCUCUGCCACUCUGACAUUCCCCCGCUCGGCCAGUGUUCUGGGAUACUGUUUCCUUCCACUUGUGUUGACCGCUCUCAUUGGUGUUCUGCUCCCCAUGGACACGAUGUUCGGCUAUCUCUUGACCACCGCCGCCGUGGGCUGGUGCACCUACAGCUCGUCUGGCAUGUUCUGUGCCGUGGCGCGCAUGAGUGGUAUGCGCGGCUUGGUGGCAUAUCCUUUGGCUUUGUUCUACGUCGUCUUCGGUAUCAUGGGUAUCUUCUCGUCACGGGGCACAGGUACUCUGGCUGCGAAAACGGGUGCUGCUUAG